GAAGGUAUUUUGAUUGAUCCCCUCAAUCAAACUGUAACAGUAUAUCGAGUUCAAGAAGACAAUAUAGUUUUGAACGUGCGAAGAAAUCCUCAUACUUUUACUUCUCGAAUUCUUAACGGAUUCGUUUUAGACUUGCAGGAUAUUCUUUGA